CCACCACCACCAAAAAAAAAAAAAAAAAAACUGUUUUCGAAACAGUACCAUCUACAGUUUAAGAACCGUGGCAUUGGCCUCUUUCACUGUAAUCAAAAUCCAGUUGAAAGACAAUGCGAUAACAUUCGCACUACUUUGUCGAUACAGAGUGUUUUCCAAGGCCUCAGCCAUGGAGGAAGACAGUUCAUCUGUGACAGAUCACUCCUCAGACGAAAGUGCCAAAGCGUUUGACAUUGAGUAUAUCGUCGAGUCUGACCCCAACGAUGACUUGUCCUCCUCUGAGCCCGAGGACGACAAAAAGCCCAAGAAGAAGCAACGCAAGAGCCACCCCUGCGCCGUUUGCAACAAAAUGUUUGACAGGCUUUCCAAACUGAAGAGGCACCAGUCGGUCCACACGAGGCCAAAGACCUUAAAGACUCGCUAUACAUGUAUGCAUUGUGUGAAGACUUUCACAGACGAAGAGAAACUGUUACGACACCAGGAUACCCACAACCGGACAAAGGAGCACCCUUGCCCCGACUGCAAUAAAGUGUUUAACAAGCCUUCCCGGCUAGUGCGCCAUCAACGCAUCCACGCCAGAAAACCAAAGGUGCCCCACCAGUGUUCCUUCUGCGCCAAGACAUUCGAUAAACUUUACAGGCGUAUCCGUCACGAGCGAAUGCAUACGGGGGAGAGGCCUUUCACCUGCUCCUACUGCGGGAAGGGAUUCUCUGAGAUGGGUCACUGCAAAGCUCACGAAAAGACGCACCAGGACAAUCCGGAGAAGCCGCACCGCUGCCCCGACUGCGACAUGUCCUUCUUCAAGGCCUCGGAACUCGGUCGACACCAGCGCUCGCACACCGGGGAGAAACCUUUUCAGUGCAGCGAAUGCGACAGCACCUUUGCUCGUUCCGAGAGUCUAAAGAGGCACAUGAGGAGCCACACGGGGGAGCGGCCGUACGUCUGCAUCACUUGCAACAAGGGUUUUUACUCCCGUCAGGAUUUGAACAUUCACUUGCUGAUCCACUCGGGAGAGAAGCCCCAUCUUUGCCCUGUGUGCGGCAAAGGCUUUUCGCAGCUGGGCAACAUGAAGGAGCACGAGAAGAACGUCCACGUGCGGUCCGAGAAGUACGUUUGCAACGAAUGCGGGGCCACCUUCACCAGGUACAAGUCGCUGAACCUGCACCAGAGGGUGCACACCGGGGAGAGGCCUUACCGUUGCCUGCCGUGCGGUCGCAGCUUUUCCUGGAGUCACUGCCUGAGCAGACACCGCAGGACUCACGCUCACAAGCAGAUGUUGAGCGACGGGGCCAAAGACCUUGAAGAUUUUCCAGAGCUUGUUGAGGAUCAGUGCAGUUGAACACUGAUCUGGCGCUAGCCUCGCAAUACUGGUCCCAGACAAGCGUGAACAUUUUGCUGACUGCUGUUAAUACGGUAAGAAGCCAGGGGCAGUGACUACGGGUCCCUGGUGCGAACAUUCAAUUGCCAUAUUCAGGAAACCAGCGAACUCUUGUCACACCUUGUUUUGUAAACACUACAGACAAACACGGUAACUAACGGACAUUACAUUGGUGACUUGAUGUUAUACAGUGCCGUGAAAAAGUAUGCACCCCCUUCCUGAUUUCCGUUUGUUUUGUUUUUGCACAUCUUAGACGCAAAGGUUUCAAAUCGUCAAACCUUUUUGAUAUCACUCAGAGACAACCGAAAGGAAAUCCAAAAUGCAGUUUUCAAAUGACAAUUACAUUUAUUAGGCAUUUAAAAAAAAAAAAAUCCAAAUCUUUUUGACCCUCUGUGAAAAGGUAAUUACCCCCCUGAGCCUAAUAACGGGUUGUUGGCAGCAAUAACUGAAAUCAAGUUUUUGCGAUACUUGGUGUCAAGUCUUUCACAUCAGUCUGGAGGAAUUUCGUCCCACUGUUCUUUGCAACUGCCUGUUUAAGGUCACGCCACAGCAUCUCAAUUGAAUUUAAAUCCGGACUUUGACUUGGGCUCUCCAAAACCUUGCCUUUGUUCUUUUUGAGCCAUUCAGAGAUUGACUUCCUGGUGUGUUUCGGAUUGUCGUCCUGCUGCACCGUUCUCCUUCAGGAUUUUCUGGGAAAUGGGAGAAUUCAAUUUUCCAUCAAUCACAGCUGUCACGACCAGAACACGGGGUUGAACCCAAAUGCACAACGUAGGAGGCACAGAGGCAGUUUAUUCAGACUGGUGUCGAGAACCCAACGGGCAGUCCAUGAAAGCAGGCGUCAGUCGGCAGGCAGGAGUCGGUACAUGAGAGAGCAGGAACAGGACCAGGAAAUUGCGGGAACGAGGCAUGAGGCAAUGAUCUGGCAAAGGCCAGACCGUACGUGUGGUUCUAUAUAAAUGGGAGGUGAUUACUUGAGACAAGGCGCAGGUCUGCCUCCGCUGAUUACGGCAGGUGCGUGCCGCAUCGGGGACCGGUACGGCCAGGACAGGGACCGGCUGGCAGGGCCAUGACACACAGCAAGUUGUCCUGUUCCUGAGGCAGGAAAUCAGCCCCAGACCAUCACACGGCCACCAACAUGCUUCCCCGUCGGCACAAUAUUCUUUUUAGCAAAAGCUGGGCCAUUUUUACGAUAGGCGUAACGGGCCGGAUACCUUCCAAAAGUCGUCAGUCCACAGAAUAUUUCUCUAAAAAGUCUUGAGGAUCAUCAAGAUGUUUUUGGGGAAAUGUGAGAGUAGCAUUUGUAUGGUUUGCUGACAGCAAGGGUUUUCGUCUGAGAACUCUCCCAUCGAUAGCGUUUUUGGCCAGUGUUUUUCUUAUGGUGGAGUCAUGAACACCGACUUUAACUGAGAUCUGCAAGUAUUUAAAUGUUGUCCGAGGUUCUUUUGUGACCUUCUGGAUGAGUCGUCGCACUCUUGUGGUAAUUUUAGUGGGUCGUUCACUCCUGGGAAGUUUAGUCUGUUUUCAUAGUUUUCUCCUUUUGUAGAUAAUGGCUCUGACGGUGGUUCGUUGGCACCCCAAAGCCUUGGAAAUGGCUUUGUAACAUUUUCCAGACUCAUGGACUUCAAACUUUUUUUUUUUUUUUUUUUUUUUUGGGUGGUAAUUUCUUGAAUUUCUUUGGCUUGUAGCAUCAUGCAUUGGUUUUCUCAAUCUUGGAGCCCACUUCAGGUUCUCUGACAGAUUCUGUUUCAGUGAUUUCUUGAUUCAACAAGUAUGGCGGUAAUCAGGUUUGGGUGUACCUUGUGAAAUUGAACUCACCUUUCCAAAAUUUGUGGUUAGUCACUGUAACUUUGUGAUUUAACAUUUUACUUUUUCACAGAGGGUCAGAAUAUUUUUUUUGUGUGUGUGUGUGCCUUAAUAAGUUGAAUUGUCAUUUGAAAACUGCAUUUUGUAUUUCCUUGAGUUGUCUCUGAUAUUAAAAAUUGGUUGGAAAAUUUUUUGUAUGAUUAAAAAAAAAAUAAAAAGCAGAAAUCAAGAGGGGGCAAAAAGAUUUUCACGGCACUUUAUAAGGUUUCCGCUUUGUCAGUUUGCGCUGGCACCAGUUCAGCAUGAAAGUGGUGUACGGUGCCCUUGGUAUAUAAAAUACAGUUAAAAGUUGGACUGGACCUCUUUGUUUCCCUUCAACCAGUCUGUUUAAGACAAUUUGGACAACUUUAUGUGGACGAUGUGAGUGUCCACGUUUUGCGUGACGUAUGGAAUACUUUUCCAACAGCGACAGUUGCUUCCAACUCAGCAAUGUUUUUUUUUUUUGUUUUUUUUUUUCCCAAGAAAUAUAGCGCUCCCUGUUUGCACAUGGUCAUUAAAGCCCAUGUAAAAUGAAUUCAGUGAUUUGUUUCAAUACAUGACACAUGUUUUGAAUUUCUGAAAAAUGUGCAAAGACUGCUAAUUCUGUACAAAUGUACCGGAUUGUGGAGCGUUGAACUGUUUCUCACCAUUUCAGUUUUCUGAUUUGGGCAAGGCCAGUAAUGCACUAUGGUGUCAUCAGAUGUCUACAAAAAAAUAAAAUAAAAUGCACAAGAUUCAAGAAAUAACUAUAAAAGGUUGAUAGAACAGUAAGUAUUGAAGUGACAAAAUAAAAUAGUUGAAGAAACUUUAUUGUGAAAUGUGUUAUACAUUACGUACAACAUACCUGAAAUAGCAUUCCCCUCAGAUCUACGGUGCUAUAGUAGACUAAAGAGUUAAAAAUGAAUAAAUAUAAAUAAACUGGUCUGUCUAAAAUAUG